UUGGUGGAAUGAUACAGAUUCAGGAGGAAAAGCGAAAUAAAGUAGACGGAAGGCGCGAGCCCAAAUGGAAAGCCGCCGUUCAACAAAUAACCGAAGAAGUUCGCGGGAAAACCCAAGUCCGUAGAAGCGGAAAAGUGGAAAAAAACAGAUUUAAAAGAAAAACAAAAAGAAAAGAAAAUCGACUUCAUGGCACCACCCAAAGACAGCGAAGUCAAAAGAGGCAUAGCUGCUCUGUGGGAGACUCUGCAGUGCCCCAUAUGUUUGGAUUUGUUGACCCAACCUGUUUCCACCAAGUGCGACCAUCAGUUUUGCAAGUUUUGUAUGCUGAAGCUAUUGGAAAACACCAAGCAAAGCCGAGCCAACUGCCCAGUGUGUAAAGAAAAGAUAACCAAAAGAAGCUUGCAAGAGAGUCCGGGUUUUCAGAGACUCGUGACAGGACUGCAAGACAUAAUCCAGGCCUAUGAACACGACACUGGCACAAACUACUUCACUGGACUGGCCCAGGAAGGAAGGCGAUGGACGGUCAAUGAUGACAAACUCGAUGAUGGAACUCCCAACAAUGUGGAGGGUGUCGUAAAGCCUCUUCCGAGUUCUCAUUCAUCAAGUAUAGCAGCUCUCAAUGGAUUUGCAAGAGUGAUGGGAUUCGGGGAUUCCACUCCUUUGAUGACAGAAGAUCAAUUUCAAUGCCACUCUGUUCUUACGUUACAAUCAAUUGACUCGAUUUCGGCAACAACAGUUCAAACAUCAGGACUCGCCACUGGUGAGAAAAAGCAAAAGGACCAAGUUGUUUUGGAAAAUCAACCUCUCACGCAGUCCUUUGGAAAAGAACAGAUAGAGGAGGAGCCUCAGAUCUUUGAGAGGAGGAAGAGGAAAAGUAAGAAGAGGGUUGCAGAGUGGCUCCUGAAGGUUCCUGCCGAGAAGAGCCUUGAGUUGGAGGAACCAGCAGAGUUUGCCCACCUUUCUGAUGAUUCCGACAGUGCCGCAUCUGAUAAGAAGGAGCAGAUUGCCAAAACGGUUGAGGAACAAGUCUUUGGGUUCACCUACAGACGAAAGCAAAGAGAUAAACGUAGCUCCGCUAGCAAACUGCUAUCGCACACAAAAAGGCUAUCCAAGGAAAAAAACCUAACUAGCCUUGAAGAGAAACUUGUAGAUCUGGAAGACCCUGCAACAAUGGCUGUCUCAGAAGAACCAGGGAAUUGUGAAUCUCACAAGGAUCUGGACAACCCUCCAGAAAAUGCUGAGAUGACAAGCUUUGGCACCUUCCAGCCUGAACGCACGCCAACGAGGCUGCGUAGCUCUUUGCAGCAGGUCGACUCCGAUUUGCAGGCCAAAGCGGAGACGGACAAUUACGCUCCGAAAAGAGACAAGCGUCGAGCCCCUCCGGAGAGAGGCAAGUCGAGCCGGGCUGUCAAACCUCUCGUCCUUGUCGGAGUUCACGAGGGAGACGACGUCACUAAGUGUUCUCCUUCGACGGAGGCGGUUCAGGUUCAUAUCGAGAACUACCCGAGCAGCGAGGACCAGGAAGCGGCAGUCACGACGGGCACCAGGAGAUCCAAGAGACUUCGCAAGUCUUCCCAGAACGUCCGGCAGCCAUCUCCCAAAAAAGCUGCAACUCGCCGGUGGGCGCAAACGCAAGGAGAGGACGUUAAAGACGGCGCUACGUCGGAUCCUCGGGACGCAAACGCUUGCAAAAGUAACGGUUGCGUAUAUGCCAAAGAUAUCUGUGGCAUUGAAACCGUGGAGAUCUCCCAUCUGGAGAGUCAUGUUGAGGGUCCACCCACUGAAAACCAGGUGGGUUCAGAUAGUGACCCCGCUGAGGUUCCAGGUUCUGCAAGUCUAUUUGGGACGGCUCCGGAAGAUCCAGCUCCACCUUUGAUUCCGAGCGCCAAAAUGGAAACGGAGGACUGCAACGACAGCGAGGUGGACACUGCCCAACUCCUAAGAACCUUCAAGGCCACCAAAAGGCCGUCGUUCCACCUCAGCCCAUCGAGUGGGAAGAAGAGUCGGAGUGAGGAUGAAGAACCCGCGCACAGCCCGGAGAAGCGCAAGCUUACGAGAUCAAGAACCCAGCGUGCCAAACAGCAGACCACACCGAGAUCAGACAUCACUGGCGUGUCAAUUUGUAGCAAUUUAAUCCCCCCAACCGCUUCGCCCACCAAGGAAAUGGAUGCCGAAGGUGUGGCCGCUCCUGUUCCUCUCGGGAGUAGCGUCAGCAGUGCCCUCAGUCAGCAAAAAGUGCCAUCUCGUGAAACGGAAAGCCCUCUACCGUCCUUCAUACCUCAAGUCGUGGAUUCUGGACUCCAUUUUCAUAAGCGCCAGGAGUUUCCAGAGAGUUCGUUUGAAUCCGCCCCAAAGGAGGACCCCGGGAACCUGGCUGAGGACCCCGCUGCCAUCGGAAAAGGUUCAGCAAGGACAUCCCAGCAUCUCUUAAAUGCCGACUGCUCCUUGACUCCGGACGGCCUCUUAGACCAGCCGGGUCCCUCGAGUCACAGAACCCAGACGAGCGUCCAGUCGUCCGUCCGGAGCAACCGCAUCCGCAACACGCGGAGGCGGGCCCAAAGGCUGCAGCACUCAUUGGAGUCACUGAGCAGCUGCGAUGAGGAGGCGCCCAAUUUGACGCAAAUAUUCCAAGAAGCCACCCGCCACCCUCAGGACGACGCUGUUCAGGACGCCACUCAAGCUAACCAGCAUGAGAUUGAUGACGUCGCAGUGCGCUGCCAGAGUCCAGACUGCGUUACCGCCAGCCAAGCCUCCGUCGACUUGUUUGACUCUCCAAAUGAGUCCGACCUGCCAGCAGACCAUGCAAGCGUGCCUGCCGAGUUGUCGCAGUUCGGAAGCGAGGUUCUUGUCACACAGCAAAAGGUAGAGAUGAAGAACGAGCUGGUGAGGCUGGAGAAGUUGAUGGCGCUGGUGACCGAGGUGCUCCAGGAGAAGGAGGCCAGUUCGCCUGCGCGCUCAGACGUGCAGAAAUCGGGUCCACGUGACCCGGACGCAAGCGGUGAUCCAGACAGGAGAGACCUCGCAGAAGGUGCAGAGGAGCCCAUAAGAGAACAGCUGCUUCAGUCCGCCGUCCAGAUGUCGCCGCCACCUUCGCCACGCUCAGGACCAGCUGGGGAAAGCGUGGCUGAUUCAAAUCCAUCCUCCAGCAACAAGGAGAACAAGACUCCCGAGAGAAACGGCAACAGAGCUAAAAUGGUGCUGGUGCCGUCUGGAUUGGGGCCCGCCGAGCAGGUGGCGAUGCGGAGGUUUGCCAGGAAGGUGGGGGCUCGUGUGGUUUCCCAGGUGACCGCGGAAGUGACGCACGUCGUCAUGUGCACAGAUGAUCAACUAGUAUGCGAGCGUACUCUCAAGUACUUCCUUGGCAUUGCAGGCAGGAAGUGGGUGGUGAGCUUCCAGUGGAUCGCCGAAUGCCUCAAGGAAAAGAAACUCUUGGACGAGAGUUUAUUUGAAGUCCGAGGCGACGUGGUGAACGGCGGCGAUCACCUCGGCCCUAACAGAGCUCGCACCACCGGUGACGACAAUCUUCUCAUGAAGGGCUAUGAAAUCUGCCUUCAAGGACCUUUUACGAACAUGACCACAGCGCAAAUGGAGUGGAUGGUGCAGCUGUGUGGCGCCACGGUGGUCAAAGACCUCCACAGUAAACGGAAGUCCAACCAGCUGCUCAUCGUUCAGCCUGGAUCAGAGCCAUGUUCGUACAGCGUGUGAAACUCUCACCGAGUCUGACAGACGAGGUGGCAGACGUUCUUUCAAGACGGGUUCACCGGGCAGAGCGGGUGCGAAAGAACUCGGGCAGCGAGGAAAUGGCCCAGAGCAAAUGUCAGACUGAGAGGGGCGGGGAGGCAGGGACCAACAAAUAAUCCAGUCCAGUAUAUACACAAAAAAAAAAAAGAAACUGGCUAUUAUUUACAAAGUAGAUGGUGGCAACGCUAACUGUCUGAUUGUGUUCUGUUGACGGCAAACUGUUAUUCACUGACAGGUCUCGCAAAACAGGCCACAGUUGUGACUCGCGCUUGGUUGCUGGACACGGUGGCCACCUACACUUUCCAAGGUUACGACAACUACCGAAUGUGAGCCGAGGAUGCGUUUUACCACAUUUUUAGAUUUAAAUGCUGUGUAAAAAAAAAAAAAAUUAAAUGUUCAGAAAGCAAAAGAGGAGAGCUAUGUAAAGUGAAACUAGAAUAAUAAAUAGUUCAUCAAAAAUCAAAUGGUCUGGGUUUUUUCCAGUUAGGAACGAGGGCUGGGGGAAAAAGCUUUUGCAUCAUGACCGCUUCAUACGUAGCAGCCAGGUACGCGUGUUUGUUGGGUCGCGGUAUAGCAACGGCGCAAUUAGCCUUGUUUUGAACAACAACUGGCUGCGAAGAACACGCUAAAACAAAACAGCACGUCUCAUUUGAGGCCUUUUUAAAUGCCAGAUGCGCUGGUGCCACGAUGCUGCUUUCCUCCAGUCGGCUGUUUUUUGUUUGCUUUUUUUUUUACACCCCCUCUUUCGGUAGCAUCACUUUCAAUGGCGUGUAGAGUUCAAGCACUGAAUGGGAAUAGUUGUUCUCCUUUAUUUGGACUGAAGGAAUGUCAGGCCCGUCUCGUUUGAGCGAGUCCAAUCACUCGGGUUAUUUACAGCGCUCGGAAUUUAGCGGUCACAAGGUUGUCUCUCUUUAAGUGAGUUACGUCUCUUUGUAUACAAACACGAGCCGAGCGCCAUAUUCCUCACUACUACGCUAAGGCGAAACAUUUUUCAUCAACAGCGGCGGCAGAAGAGUGGACAUUCUUGUUUGGCGCAUUGUAAGAAGCGAAGGCGUGUUUGUUGACAGUUACGCGGCUCCUCGGCACUUUAGCACGAACGAAUGAGAUAACGGCGGAACAUUCCGACUUCUAAUCGUAAUGGGAGAUUCCAAACAGGAAAUACUGUUAAGUCAUAAUGAUUGUUCACUGCAUAUUUUGAGUGUGUCGGCUCAAAAUUUUAAAUUAGCAGUACUUCUUUUUGUUUUUUUCCCGCGCUUUACUAGCCACCCCGAGUCAAUGCGUUUGACCCCUGCAUAUUUUUCCGCCACAUAUCUUUUUAAUCCGUUCAAUUGUACACGUUGUUUAAAAGGCUCUUGCAUUUUGGAGGAUUCUCUUCCCUUCCCCCUCACUAAGUGACAGCGUAACCGUUCAUCGUAUCCUCACCCUGUUUUUUUUAACAGGUUAGUCACGUUGUUUGAAAAAGUUUUCUGGUUGAAGCCUUUCAUUCAUUUACAAACAUUUCCACAGGCAACAUUACUUGCUUCAUUUAAUCUGUUUGUUGUCAUUCGUUGUUAGAAUAAAAGCUUCUUUUGAUAGUCAGGUGCGAGGGAGAUUUCAUCACCUGGACAAAAUAAAUCAUACGCCCUUGAAGGCUGCAGCCUUGCCAGUUCCAAUGUGUAAACGCUUAACUGUUGCCAUGCCAACGUUCAACGCAACAGACUGCAACUUGAAUAGGAAAGUGCUAGACUCCCGUAAUAGAAAAGCUUUCUGAGGGUUUUCCAUUGGGAUUCUCAAUGGCCUUGCCGGUCAUAUAUCCAAAGCAGCCGUCGUCGUUGACCGGUGACUGUUUAUUAAAUACGUCCCCCCCCCCCCCCCCUUUCAAGCCCAAGGUGAAAAAAGACCGCAAUGUGUGACAAAUAUUUCUUCGGGAGCUUUGCCGCCAGCGUUUAACUCUUUCUUGCUUUACUCCAUUUGUAAGUGAGGCAGAAGAAACAAUGAUGUAGCUUACGCCAGCGAGCGAGCGGCCAUCCCCAGGACCGUCGUUCUCGCUCUGGGCAUCGGCUGUGACCUCGUCGCGGAGGUGCUGCAAAAUGUCACUUUGCUAUCGUUCAAAGAAGCAGCGCCAGCCGCUCGGGGGGGCCGUCAGCAUUUCGCCAUCGGUGCACAGUCACACUUAAAGGUCAUAUAACCAGGCUCAUGAAUAACGGCUGCCGCUAUUGUAGUCAUUUAUGAAGAUGCUGCAAACUGGGGAAUGAAUAAUGCUUUCUAAAUUUUGUAGAUUUUUUUUUGUUUUUUUACAAUCGGAAUCUCUUUGGUGUGACUUAAGUGCAGGCAGGAUAAUUGAAGAAUUUGAAUCUUGUGCGCCUCAAAACUUUCAGCCCCAAUCAAACCAAUCAAAAUGCCUUCCGACAAUCACCAGCCUUUAGUUCUUUAUUUUUUUUUAUUAUUAUUAUUUCAUUGUCACAUAAAGAAAAUGACAUCCUGGAUCCACGUUCCUCGCCAGUGUUAUAACAAUAUGAAUUUAACGACAUGAAUACGUGAUGUUAAGAAUCAAAGCACUUGUGGUUUUAGGAAAUUAGUGGUAGACUUGUGGUCGAUGGUUUGUUUACCAGUGUUGUGCUUGGCUAUGGUUCGGGAGCUCCACCAAAACAAAAGCGUAUGGCCUACCUCACAUUGUCCUUUUUGUUUCGAAAGCAGUGCAAAGGCUUGGGACAGAAUAAAUUAAGUUAGCUGGCGGCUCACAUGAGCACGCAGCUCUUGGCGCGCUCCUUCCUGAUGGCGGGCGGGCGCUCGUGAAUAUCAGUCCGAGACGGCUGCUGCGAGACCCGCUUGAGCCCGCGCCGUGAACCGGCGCGCUUGAGCGCGGGCCGGGGCGCGCGCGUUACCGACGCCAUGGUGGUAACGUGGAAAACGUCGCGGACGGUGUUCUCCGAAUACUUGGAGGUGCACUCGGCGUAGGCUGCGGCGCCGAUCUGUCUCGCCAGAUGAGUGCCCUACAAGGACAAAAAGGGUCUUGUUUUAAUGUAUGCCUCAAAUAAAUCACCCUGAUAAAAGAGCGGGUCUGAACUAAAAGAAUGAAAAAGCAAAACAGUGAAGCGCCGGUCAGGGUAAUAAUUCUUCGCUUUCAGCGGCUCCUUUCAUAUUAAAACGUUGCUCUUGAAGCUUGGAGCUUUCCUCCUCAGCAUUUGAAUCAGGACUAACUGUGCUUGUGAUUAUUCAUCACACCUUGACUAGAAUUUCUCCUCUUUCUGAGUCCCCGGUUACCAUUUUAGGAUCAACGCUUUGAAUGUGGAGAACUCAUCGGAAGGACGGUCAGUUCACGUUAUCUGCUAUCCGCCAAGCAAAGUCGUCGUUGUGCUGAGAUUGUUCUCCUAAGAGAAGUAAGUGAAGUCCGACCUGUCCUCAGUCAUGGUCAGCCAGUCCGGAGAUAACGCGUUUUGUAUUCGUCAUCCUACGUCAAGGGGAAAAGUCCCCCAAGUGUGUUUAGUCAUAACGAUGAUUUGAAAAUUGGAGGUUAAAUACGAUUCCGUUUCCAACGUGGAUUGUCUGACCACAGCUGCGGCGUGCUUUUGUCUUUGCGGGCAGGAUUAAAAGCUUGCUCUCACAAUACCUUUUCAAGCACAUUUCGCCCCCUUUUGCUGAGAUAUGCCCAGGCUGCUUUUUUUUUUAGACGGCGGGCAGCACUAAGCCCUUCGUCCAAAUUCCGAAUGAAAAAAAACGCAGUUAAAAGAAGUCUGUGUUCAUCCAAAUCCCGACUGAAGUCGCUUGAUGUCGGAUGUGAAAAGCUUAAUGCCGCAAUUCCGGCCAGGACAAUGCCAGUCGUUACCUUUUGCUUUGAUAGAGAAUUGAAAAAUAAUAACUUGUUGGCUUCCCAGAAUGAAGAAAUCACAUUUACAUGAAAAUAGGCUAUUAAAAUUCAUGCGCGCUAAUGCUCCUUCCUCCAAGACACAAACAAAACAAUUGUGUUUGUCUUCCUGCUUUGUGAAGCUCUGUGAGUUUUUGUAUUUGUUCAAGCGAAUCCGCUGUAUAACUUGGUUUUCCAGCGGCUUCGCGUCUCCGCUCAUCAGCUGUGUUUGUUUACUGGCGGAAUACUUUGAAACAGCAUUGAGGUGGCAAUAAAAAAACAAAAUGGAGGCUAGGAAUUUCUCCUCACCUGUUCGUGGGUGACUGGAAUGAGUCUGUGCUUGGAAAGCUCCCUCAUGAUGUUGACGUCCGUCCUUAGGUCCAAUUUACAGCCCACCAGCACCACUUUGGCUUUGGGACAGAACUCCUGCGUCUCUCCUUGCCACUGUAGAAACACAGAUGAACCAAAAUGAUAUUCAGGAAUUUAGCACAGAGCAUAGCUGGUCAAAUCUGUCUCUGUUGGAUGUCUCAUUGUUUCCUCCCGUCCGGGUACUGGCAAAUCCACUUGUACCCAGUCCUCCUUGUUCACAAGGAGAUCUUUUCUCCCGAAUUGUCUGGACGAGUCGUCGGCUUCGCCCAACGCCGAGCAACCGGUGAAUGGCAGCAAUUUAGAUGAGUCACAAAGGAUCCUCGCCAAUAAAGCGGCGUAUUGUCUCGUGCUAACAAUGCAAAUCAGUGAAGGUUUUGUGAGGUAGAGUGUGGGCUGCCGUCAGAGCUGUGAGUGGGCAUAAUCGGACGUUCAACAUAAAUGCUGUCCUUGGUUCACUCGAAGCACAAUCCCGGAUUUUGAAGCAAUCCUUUAGAGAUGGGCUCAAUUCUCUUUUGCCGUAUGUUGAUUUGAAACGACCAGAACGGCGACGCUAAUGUUCGUUAGCCCGGCCUAUGAUAAUCCGGGGCUCGUUGUCAUCAUGUUGAUGUUGCGUGCAAGCAAUGCACUUCACGACUGAACAAACAUGCACCUCCAGGCGCUUUCAAAGCUCGCGGGUGGUUCCAGUACUUGGCAGUGCUUCUGGCAAUGUUUAAUGAGUUCAUGCUAUAUGACACGUAGUGUAUGGAAGAUUUUGCUAUUUUUAGCCUUGCCCGCAGCUUGACGUUGCUUUCACUAAGAUAGUGAAUGUUUUAAAUGCCGGUUUUGUCUGCUUUUAACGCUAUACAAUUGAACGUCUGUCGUAUGGAAUUAUCUCUAUCAAGGAAAUUGGCUUGUGUACUGAAACGUUAUAUUUAUGCGCCGACCAACACUUGAAGGCAUUCAAGUUAUAUUUGUGAUAGCUGAGGUGAAUCAUAUUUACGUCAGCUGAGUCAUUUCCCCCCCACCCCCAAAAAAAAGAUUUUGGAGACAACAAAGGACACGGAGUUGAAAAAUAGGUACGAUUAAAACCCGAGAGGUAUUUUUCAAAGUCUGGGAAGGAAGAGCGAGAGAGGUAAAGGAUAAUUGAAGGGCAACGUGGUGGCUCACUCUGUCAAGCGCAGUUAUUAAUAAAAAAAAUGUGAAAUGCGGCAUCGGAACAUAUUAUCAUCUUUGCACUAAUUAGUCAUGCAUGUUUAAUUGCUUGGCUUUUUUUUAAUUGGGGGGGGUCUAAUUUGAAUUGAAAAGCACUGCCCGAUGUGUCACUCCGGCAUCCGUAGAAUGCAUUGUGUAACUGUGUGAACUCAUCGCGGGAGGGCGGAGUUCAAGUUAGCCGAUUGAAGAAUUUGUCCACCCUACAUUGUAAUCCCUGUGAUGAUGUCACAUGAUGAGUGAUGAGGCGUGUCGGACAAGUCAUACAACAGUGCUAAGAUAUACCGACACAAAAAUGUUAUCAAAAAAAUAAAUAAAUCGCAGUCGCACUAUUAAGGAAAAAUAAAAAUCACAGCAAGAUUAACGUUUAAAAUUGUUCGCUGGGGAAAAAAAAAAAGAAAUCUCACAAAAUGUGCACUGACCUUUUUCACCACACUGUCCAGCGUCUCCGGACGACUGAUGUCGAAGCAAAUGAGGACGGCAUCCGAAUCGGGAUAAGCUAAUGGUCGCACGUUGUCGUAGUAGGCGGAACCUGUCAGUUUAAGAAAAAAAAAAAAAAUCAAUGAAUAAAAAGAUAUGUUUGUAGGACUGAACGAUGGGGGCGGUGGUCCCUAUCAUGAAUGGCUUGUUGACAAUGCAAUUUUAUUCUCCCUGGGGGCCCCGCGGUGAAUUAGGCGCAUUGUGACAACAUUCCAACGCCACUUGCAUCCUAGUUUGCAACAUGUUGUCCUUUUGUGGCCAAAAUACAGCGCAUCAGCACUUUGACGGAGGAAUCCGAUAACAUUCCAAAAUGCCGUGCUCUGCUGCCCCAGGAGGUCUCAAGGUCUUCCUGAUGUCCACUCUUCCACGUUCCUGGCUAAUGCAUAUUGAUUCUUUUGAGUCCUUGUGAUCGUAGUAAUGGCAGCGGCAGUAGCCGCGGUGUGAUGAUGCCCCUGGAGGCCACACGCACUAAGAACCAAUCUGUCUCCAUCUAAAAUGAAGGCCCCUAAAGAGCCUCCAGUCUGGUCGCUGUCGAGCAGCUGGUGUUUUGCUGUCAGCGGACAUUAGGCCCGCGCAGGAAGUGUACUUAUGAAUAAAUGAGCUACUUUGUUCUUACAUGCCUCCCUCCCUCCCUCCCUCCCUCCACCGGUGUUACACAAUUAAAGCGCACUUGUGUAAAACUCGCAACGGAGCCCUCGAGAGGAUUGAAACGGGGGGCAGAUAAGGUACUCAAACUUUCAGAGAAGUCUUCUGACCGUCGCGGCGGGCAUAAAUUGUCGAACAAUACAUGUUUGCAAUUUCCGCUAAUGUGAUCGAGGACCGACUGUUUCUCCCUCAUUCAUUUGCUCUCGGGGGCACGUAAAGCAACGUGGAAUAUCAAGUUGGAAAGAGCCACAAUAUCUCGGCCGAAAGCACCUUUUAAUGAGCCCUCCUGAGCACCUCUUCCAGGCCGCCGCCAAAAAAGAAACAACAACCGCGGGGCAUAUUUAUCUAGUCUGCAUUUACAGCAAAUCCUGUUUGCAAUUUUCAACGCUCUUAUCAACUUCUCACACUGUCGGCCGUUCAAAGUGAAAAAUCCACGUUUCUUUCGUCGGUGGCGCUGAAGGCUGUAAAAGAACUGAUAACAGACAAUCGGGCUGCCUGUUCAAUCUUUUCGUCUUUGGUGAUGCUCUGCAUAAUUCACAAGCCUUCUCUCAUCCACGCACCUUUAAUCCUCCCUGAUGACAUCUUCUAUCACAGCGCAGUAAUUCUCAUUAAUAUUAAAAUCAUGUUUCUUUUUGAGUACCCUUCCUUCCACAAUUCCCGCUGUGUUUUGUGAUCCGUUUUCCGCCGACUCAAACUGCGCGUUGAUAUGAUUAUUAUUCCGUAGCGCUCAAACAAACAUAAGCCUAGUGCGGCUAAUUGCUUAGCAUGCGAGCGAGCGUCAACAAUCUGAGACGCCCUGCAGAGAUGACGAUGUUCUGCCUCUCACUUAAAAUGUCACAUUUCUUGAUUUGUUUUCGCCCCCGUCGUGUUUGUUCGCUCUCAUAUGUUUUCUUAACACUUGGAAGUAUUUAUUCAGGAGUAAAAGGCGCAGUCAGAUUUGGCUAGGCAUGCGAGAUUUUGUAAUUGUGACUCUUGAGUGAACCUUCAUGAGUCCAUAAUGUACAUCAGAGGAGUGAGUCUGAGAGAGGGAAAGUGUUUGUUAAAAGCCUGUCAGUCUGGUCUGGCAGGAUGCAACAAAAAUGGAAUGUAUGCUGCGUACUCUUAUUGUGCGCAAACCUGUUAUUGUUUUCUGUUAUUGUUUUUUUGUUUGUUGUUUUUUUCCAGCAGUCUGUUCCAUCAGUCCAAGUCACAUUUUUCCUCACUGGCAAACGUCAACACCAUUUUCAUUCAGUCACGCACUGCUCACACUCUCACAUCCACACACACUCGCAUGCACGUCAAACUCUCUCGCCAUCCCCUCUCACACAUUUUACUCACACCUUAAAAAAAAAAAACUACCAAACAAGACCUGACUGCAUCUAUAAAUAUGACAUUGGCCAACUAAUGAGGUGCAUUUUGAUGGGCAGAAUUGUUCAUUUAUGAUUUGAAAUAUUUGCAUUUGAUAUAAAACAACAAAGAAGCAACCAUCUUUCUUACCUGACGUGUCCCACAUGUUGAGCUCGAUGCGCUGCUUGUCGAUCUCAAAGCUGGCGGUGUAGUUCUCAAACACUGUCGGGACGUAAUUCUGCAAUAAGAGCCGAUGUUUUUAGAAUGCACAAAACGUAGUUAAACUCCAACGCGAUUGUGUUAAUGACCGAAAAUAAUGCAAUUUUCCUGGUGCGUCACGCGUAAAAGCGCACGGACUUGACUCUUAACUUAUCAUGAGCGGAUAAAAUAACAACGUAUUAAAUGUUCCCGCACGUUUACCUCUGGAUAGGAGUCUUUGGCAAAAACGUGCAGCAAAGCCGUUUUUCCACACUGCGUGUCCCCGACCACCACGAUCUUACACCGGAGCGGUCCUUUGCCCUCCAUCGCGCGUCCUGUGCGGGGGUUACUGCGUGCCUCUGGGCAUUUAGGCUUUCCAACUUCCACCCAACGCCAAAAAAACCUAACAACAA